AUGCCAAAGCGCACGACUAUCCUAUACACCAGCUCUGAUGGCAUCAAAGGGGCGGGUGACAACGAGCUGAUUCCCUACUACUGCAAGUUCUCCGGGCGGCACGCCUUCACGUCGGACGUCGACAUCGACACCCUCCCCCGCCGCCGCGCCGACAACUCGCGCAUCCUGGACCAGUCCAAGCAUACAGUGCGCCUCUACACCUCCGACGGCGGCGUCAAGCUGCUGCGCCGCAAGGACGGCGCCGUGGAGCGGCAGCACAGGCUCAAUGUGGGGCGGCUGCCGGUGGCGUACACGGCGGAAGCUGAGGGGCAGCUCCUGUACGUGAUGGACGGCGCAGUCACCGCGUUCACCAAGGACCCAAGCGCGAGCGACCGCAUCCCCGUGCCGCCCUGCAUCCGCAAGGGGGAGAGCGGCAGCACCGAGGUGGUGCUGGAGCUGGAGGACCGCCAGCAGCACACGGCCGUGGCCAAGAUCACCGGGUGCUGA